CAACAGUAUAGGCUCUGUACACUGUAUUUCUUUACUGAAGACGGUCGACAGCUCAAGGCAGAAUGGCUAUGGUUUGUCAAGUACAGAUUCCAGCAUGUGGACCCAGGCAGCAUGUCAAAGGAGAUCCUAAAAACACGGUGCCUGUUCCCUAUCAUGAGCCACUGGAAAGCACCAGCCACGCCGUUCUCCAGGUUGAAAAGCCAGUUGCGCCAGUUCCCAAAAGCUUCUCUGUCAACAUCUUCGAUGGCUCAAAGGGAAAGAAGAUUCCUGUAAUGGUAAAGAGCACUGACACCAUUGGGAAACUCCAGAAGAAAGCACAGAAGCUCAAGCCAGAUCUUGUGGGAUGUGGGAAUCUGACCUUUAAUGGAAAACCGGUUCAGCUUCAGCAGAAGCUGCGUGAUCUCCAAGUGAAGCCCGGCGCCACGUUCAUCACCUACCAGAAGUGCCAUGGAGGCUAAAAAAAGAGACUUUUUUAGCUCUUCUGUUCACUUCUUUAUACUUGUGUGUCUAUUAUGUACUGUAUGUCUUCAUAUAACCGUUAGCUGAUGCGAUAAGUUUUGUUUACUUUGUCAUAAAAAGGAUCUUUUGAUUGACUGUCAAAAAUAAUCAAGACAGUUUUGGGUUUUUGUUCAUAUAUUAUUUUUGGGUUAACAAAAAUAC